UGAGACGACAAUCCAGAAAAAAUCUUGCUAAUACGUCUGUUUAAGCCAUUUUCAGUAAAGUUCACUGACUUUACUGACGUAAAAAUUUCGUUUGAAAGUCAGACUACGCACUGACAAAGUGGGAAAAGAAUUUCUCUCUUCUUGCAGACCGCUGACUUCAAUUUUAUGCUGAGUAUGAAUAAAGAUUGAUGACAAGAUAAGAUUUCGACUUAUCAUACUCCUGUGGUGUUAUUCAUUUUCGUUUUAUGACACAUUAUAAAUGAAUACGCGUCGGUGAUAUCUUUCCACAAAAAAUCUGGACUUUCUACGAUUGUCGAACUCGUUCAUUUGUUCAUGUAACACAAUUGCAUUCAAAUAGAUUAAAACCGUCAAGUUGGUAAAAUUAAACAGAAUGUGUUCAAAUACAGCCGUCUUUGCUAUAUUUUGUCUACACAUCUUCUCUUCUGUUUACGGUUGCUUUAAAUCUGGUGAUGUCAUAGUCGGUAUGUUAUUGCAUCUUCACCAGCCCUCUGAUGAUGGAAAAUGUGUAAAUGAUAUUGAAAGCAUCAUAAAACUCGAAGCAAUCAUUUAUGCGACAAAUCAACUUAGUAUUAUGAAAGAAAAAGAAAAAGUUGGCUAUGAUGUUGUCAACACAAAUUCCACCAUUUCAACUCGUGCCAAGAUAGAUUUUGCUUUGAAUAAGUGGUUUAAUGAUACGACAAAUUUCACUCUCAUUGCUAUCAUCGCUGACCUUCCUAAACCGUCAGAUUUUGUCUCCCUUCGAAAAAAACUGGAGGGUAAAAGAAAAAAACUUCCUAUAAUUAGCUUAAAAGACCGGAGAGACACUUGCUCCAUGAGCCCGCGUCGUGACAUGUCAGCAGGAUUGAUAUAUGAGUUUAUACGGUAUUUAAAUUGGAGUAUUUUUGAUCUCAUUCAACACAAAGAUGGGUCGUAUGCUGAUUUAAAACAGAUAACCCAAGAUAGUGACGUGUGUGUAUUGAACGAAUUGAUCUUUUCAGAUGACGAAAUCACUUGGAUGAAACGACACAAGAGACAAAGCCCUGCAGCGGUACUUUUCUCGAAGAGUGACAACGUAUCCAGCAUAAUUGAGAAGUUGCUUGAUCAUAAUAUAUCCAUGUACAAUAUAAUACUCGGACAUGAAGUAUUCGAUUUGAUGUCACCGAACGUGCAUAAUAUAUCCGGUGUUGUGGGGUUCAAAAUGUAUCAUGAAAAAUUUGAAAAUCAUCUUCAAAAGUCGCAAUGGUUAAACAGAACUAUCAAGAAGACGUUUUGUUCAGAAGUUUCUGUCAAUGAAUGCAUUCAAUUUAAAGAUAAAGUUAUUACUGAAAAAUCCUACUUGGGAUGGUUUGUUUUCCAAGCUGUAUACGAAGUUCUUAAGUCUCGCCAAAAUGAGACAAGUCAACUGCCUACAACAUGUUUGCAGAUCCUUAGCGCUGCAAAUGCAACAGUUAGGAGCUUAAAUUCAAAUGAUUCAACGCCAAAUGAUUUCGGGUUUCACAUACUUAAUUUGCAGGAAGACGGUUUUGUGAAAGUAGGAAGAAUCAAGUUUCGUCCUGAAAUUGUGAUUUCUUUAAAUCGUAAGAUCAUUUGGAAUAACAAUGUCUCGCAGGCAAGAUGUUCACUAGAUUGUGAGCCUGGAACGUGGAAAAAGGACUGGAAGGGAGUAGGAAGAUGUUGCUGGGAUUGCAUGAAAUGUGCACGUGAAACAGUAUCCUCUUACAGAAAUAGUCCAUCGUGUAUGGUCUGUCCUAAGGGGAAAAAACCCACGUCAGAUCAGAGCAAAUGUCAACCUCCAUAUUAUGACUACCUGAAAUGGCAUGAUCCAUUUAGUAUUAUUAUGAUAUUUCUUCUCGUUUUUACUCUUUCUUUUCUUAUUUAUGCUCUCAAUGUCUUUAUCAAAAAUACCAACAGUCCAGUGUUUCUGCGAUCAAAAACUGCGUCAUUACAACUGCUGUUUUCCUUAUGUAUUACCUUUCUUCUACCUGUCGUACUCUUAAUGAAACCCAGUCCCAUUACCUGUGGAGUUUACUACACGAUCUUCAUGUUCUCUUUGGGAAUACCAUUGACAUUCUUGAUCGUCAGCAGUCACAAUAUAAUCAACUAUUCAUAUGACGAGAAUGGAGAAUCGAAACGAAAAUGGUUUUCUUGUAAACCGCAAACUAUGAUUAGCAUAUUCCUCAUUAUUUUACAGCUUAUCGUUGUAGUCGUUAUCCUCUGUGUCGAAACGCCGAAAGUUUUAACUUACACACCCCCCGGUUCUGAUGUCGAGUAUAUCGAGUGUGCGUCCCAUUCUCGACCUGUAUUUCUCCCCCCGAUAUUUUUUAUUCUUUUGCUGACUGUCAUCUUCAAUAUUCUUCACAAGAAAGAAGAAAUCUCACCUUUGAAUCACAAUGAAGUAAAGUUUGUUUCCUUAGGGAUUUAUCUUCUGUAUGCCAAAAUUUUCGUUUACUUUGUUGCUGUAUUUGCCAUCAAUGGCAAACAGAAAAUACGCGUACUUUGUGGGCUGGCCUACCUCUUUGGCGUUAAUAUAUUUGCAACCGUCUUUUUGCCGAAAAUUUACGUGAUACUGUUCAAACCGGAAGACAGCUUACAUGGCGUCGGUCCACUUUUAAAAGAUGAAAAUGGCAACGAGACGGUAAUACGCCCUAUGCAAUCAAGAAAACCAGAUUGUAAUGUCCAUUCUCUUUUAUUUCCAUUGGGGGAGUAUCCGUAUGAUCAUACAGAGGUUUAGAAAAGAAUAUAUCAAAAAGAGAGCAAAACUUUUUGGUUUUUUUAGAAGCUGUUGAAUAACUAUAAAGUGUGAACAACUGAUAUUUUUUUAUGAUAUUUUGUGUGAAAUAUUUCAUAGUGGAUGUUUUUGUUCAUUUUUUAUAUGCAUGCCAUUUGUGGAUUUUUUUCUAACUGGACAUGAAGCACUUAUUUAUCUAUCGCGGUUUGUGCGUUUAACUUGGAAGAAUUUUUGUCAGGUUGAGUUUAAUUGCUGCACCUUAUAUUGAAUAAUUAUUUUGUAACUGUACAACAUUAAUAGAUGAAUUAUUGAUGAUGUUGUCUAGUAUAUAUGUAUUUUCCUAUGCCUAUUAUCAAACGUCUCAAUAACGUAUUGUCAAAAUAAACUCUCUUGACUCCUGGGUAAAGUAAACAUCAUUUCUUCUUA